GUUUCUCCUAGAAAGCAGACGAGACUGGUCUUCUAUGACUAGCUCGGAUAUGUUCUCCAGUCAUAAUGGUGGCAGUACUCAUAAAGCAAGCUCUCAUAGUGGUAUAUUGCACUAUAACUAUUAUACGUUGCGAUAUUAUAAGAAACGAAGAUAUAUGCGGUCAUCAUAAUGGACGUCGUUUAUAUUUGGAGCUUGGUGAACAGGGUGUGCUGUAUGCCAAAAAUAUGUCAUUCAUAAGGAGUUCUGUUAAAUUACAAGCAAGCACAUCACAAUUACGACAGUAUAUGGCAAACAAUUCUCAUGAUCAGUGCAGUUUAGAGUUAGUUACGUGCCCUUCAUGUGCAAUAGUUGUAACAUUUAAAAACAUUGAUUUACCUAAUUCCUGUAGUGACAUUGGCAUCGUAUUGGACAGUCCUUGUAGAUGUGACUACGUUUGGAUAUCGGAACCACCUUACGAUGACAUAUCUGGAACAUCUUUUUGCGGCAUCUAUACUCCCAUUGUAUACAGAUCGAAUACUAGAACUGUAUCUAUUACAUUUCUUUAUUCUCAAUCUCACAAAAAUGCCUUUAUGCUUGAAUAUAUUGCCGAAAGAAAUCGUGUUCAUUUGAAGGCCCCAGACAGUAAAAUUCUUAAAGGUAAUAAUGAAACCUUAGGCGGUAUCUUGACAUCACCAUUUUUCCCGGCUAGAUAUCCAAGGGAUUUGGGUUUAGAGUACGUAAUUACUUGUCCAUCUCCAUCUCCUUCGUGCAGGGUUCGAGUACUUUUUAGCGACUUCCAAUUAGCAACUGUCUCCAUUAUUGAGUUUUAUGAUUGGAAUGGACAGCGCUUGGAUGUGAGCAGUGGUGCUAGAUUUCGACCACCCAUAAUUGUGAGCUCCGGGCCAUCAUUAUUAAUCAGAUUUUAUGCUAAUGGUGGUACUGGGCUGGGUUACAAGGCAUUUUACUCCUACGUCAUUGGUCAUUCAUAUGAAAACUCAGUACAACCGAUAACAGACUGCGGUGGUUAUGUAGAGAAUCUUGGUGGUACUAUUACUAUGAUGGAUAUGGUUAAUCAAGGAGUAAAGACGUAUGACUGCGUAUGGCUUAUUCGUCCACCUAAGAACUUUUUACAUAUGAAGACCCACAUGUACAUUAAAGUCAUCACCUUUGUUAAUAUGGCUGGGAAUACAGAAUUAAUUAUAAGACAGGGGCCCACAUCGGCUCUAUUACCCCUUGAGAUAUUCAGACAUCCUGCUGGCCAAGGUCAAUUAGCUAGAAAGAGAGAACAUAUUGCACCGAUUACUAGUGGAUUUCAUGUUAGUCUUCGGGGUGCAUUCAGUACAACAUCCAGAGUGGCGAUUGCUUAUACUGCAUUUGGAUACAUGGAUUGUUUCUCGAGCUCGGACUUUUUAUGUCACAACCACCGAUGUAUUCCCAGUCAAUUAAAUUGUGAUGGAUUUGAUCAUUGUGGGGAUAAUAGUGAUGAACCUGCCACUUGCUUUAGAGUUUGGCAGGAGGAACCUCAAGAUAGAAAGUGGCAUCUAAAUAAAGCGAAUUAUUAUUUUCCAAAGAUCGAUCGCUAUCCAGAUUUGAAAACAGCAACACUUGUAUUCGUUGCCAGCAGUCUAGGUCUCAUUGUACUUAUAUCUGCUCUGAUAAUUCUUUUAUAUCGAAUGGGGGCUCGGGCGCGACAACAAAGAGAGCUUCAAUCACGAUUGCAAACGAUUAGUGAACUUUUAGAUUGGAUAGUUUUUGAUAUUUCAGAUAGUGCUAGAAUUGAUGAAAUAUCAGUAAAUGAUGAUCCACCAAUAUAUGAGGCUCCACCUGGCUAUGAUGAAGUAAUGAAAGUUGAUUUUGAAAAUGAAAUAUCGAGAAGAAAAAAAGUGAAAAGAAAGAUGGAACAUCGGGGAUCUAGGAGUCGAAGUUCACCAAAUCAACAAUUUGUGAACGGAAAUAUAGAAACAGCACCAAUUAGCGUAACUAAUAAUAUUCAACGAGUUCCUGAAAGUCCACCACCACCAUAUAUCACUCCACCUGGGACGUUAUUAAAAAAUUCAGUCCUAUCAAGGAAUAAUGUUCUCCAUGUCUCUGUACCAGUGAAUUUUCGUGGUAAUCGUACACGUAGAGUUUGGCAACGGCAAUGUUCCUUACCAGGCCCAGAUGAAUCAAUGAGCAUUUCAUCAAUAGCCACAUCUAUUGAUGCUGAAGCCGUUGGUGUGUAUAUAAGGAAAUACAGUAGAAAUCUAAAAGUUGAAGCUUGUUCUUCACAGCCGAAUUCGAGCGUUGCUGGGAAAAACAUGAAUGGCGGAUAUAUCGAAAGCUCAAUAGGACUAGACGAACAAGAAAGCAUUUAUAAGGAUCAUCAACAAUAUUUGACUUGUUCAUGUGAUGGUGCUUGCGGAUGUGCAAAUGAGUCUCCAGUGUUAAAAUAUAAGCAAGGAGAUGAAUAUGAUGGAGACUGUUCAACAAUAUUUGGUAGUAAGAAAUGGAAUGCACAUAAUAAUAAUCUCAUAUCGAAUACCAUGAUGAAUCGCCCUCUGAUACCGAUAUCAAAAAAUGAGGGUCGAUUUAGGACAACGUCAACAUGUUCUAAAGAUAGUAGUUACCUUACUCAAUUAUCCUUCAUUAGCCCAUGUCGUAGUUUAGAUGGAGGACAUAUAAAUGAUCUUGAAAUUAUUUCAGCGGAUAACAACAGUAUAUUUAGCUGUACAAGUGAUAGUACUUUAUCUAAUACGCCUGUUAAAACAUCAAAAAUAAUGAGCCACCCUAUUGUAUGUAAAAAUAAUCACCGGAAAUAUCGUCAAUAUAGUAAUUGUGAUACUGAGAGUUUGUAUGAAAGUAUUAAAAUAUUGGAGGCAUUCUUAGCAAGGCGAAAUAAUACUACUACCACUAAUGCUAAUAAUAACUUGGUUGGAGCCAUUCAAUCGACUGCUACUCUCUUUGGCCCUUCAAAAUAUUAUACUACAAGAUCCGAACGCUUAAGUUAUCAAGCAAAUUUUUUCAAUCUUAUGCGUGGAUGGAGAUCCAGCGACGAUGGAUUUACGAAAUGACUAUGAUUAUAAUAUUACAACAAUAUGGAUCUUAUUUUUUGUUCUUUGUUAAGUUUAUAUACAUUAUGAUUUCAUUGAAAUUGAAUAAAUAAUGUAAAGUUGCUAAAUAAAAAAAUUACUGAUCAUUGAUAUUUGACCUUUAUUAUCAAU